UUACCUUUAUUUCUAGUUCUUCUGUUCAACGAAGCUGGUGCCUCUGGCAGAAAAUGCAGCCAUAUAUACAAAGGAUUUGCUGAAUGCCUGCUGAAGCUGGGAGACAGUCUGGCCAAAACUAUCGAAGGGGAGAGUGAAGAGGUGAAGGAAUUGGACACAGUGUGUCGGUCCUGGGAUGAUUUCCACGCGUGCGCAGACUCCGUUCUGGAAGGCUGUCCGGAGGAUGCCGCCUCCAUCUGGGAAUCUCUGAGGAAGGAGUCCAGGAAGCUGCAGUUCCAAGGCAACUUGCACGAGCUGUGCAGCCUGAGGGUCCGGCCGUCCGGCACCAUGGGCGGCUCAGGCGGGAGAGAGUCCAACAGCCAGAGCCUGACGGGCUCUGCCGGCUCCCUGUGGAGCGCAGUUGCAGCCCCCGUCCUGUCCAUUGCCGUGCUGGUGGCCAACUUGUAG